AUGCAUAGAUAUGGUAUUUUGCCCGAGAAGUUGCGCCAGAGCUCAUCGAAGGCCAUUCACUGUUCCGUGUUCUGCCCCGGAAGAAGAUGUCGAUACGAGGGAGGAGCUUACUGGCAGAAGCAGGACAUGCACAUCAUGGGAGUCCUAUCCACAUGGAUCACCGAUGACAUUGUGACGAUGGCUCGUCCCUCCACAGAAAUCAUCAAAAAGUACAAAAUCAUCAGGCAGUUUCGCGAUAUUGGCAUCAGAUCAUUAAUCAACCUGCAAGAACGGGGAGAACACAGUUCUUGUGGAGUACCACUCGAAGAGUCGGGAUUUACAUAUGAUCCACAAAUUUUCAUGGAAAAUAAAAUCUUUUAUUAUAAUUUUGAUUGGAAAGACUUCGGUUCAGUGCCAAAAACCGUCCUCUUGGACAUGGUGAAGGUGUUGGCCUUUGCGCUGACAGAAGGCAAAGUGGCCAUCCACAGUCACGCCGGGCUUGGACGAGCAGGUGUGCUGGUAGCCUGUUAUCUCAUUUACACACUUCGAUGCAAGCCCACUGACGCUGUUUCCUACAUCAGGCAAAAGAGGCCGGGAUCUAUACAGACAAAAAGCCAAGUUGAAAGUGUCCAAGGUUUUGCUCAAUUCGUUGUACCCAUGUUUAUAGUGUUUGCUAAUGUGAUUCCUCGAGAUAGUUAUAGAACGAACCUCAAUGCAUAUUUAAGGCGGCAAAGUUACCUUUUGCACGGAUUUGAAGGAAGAUUGCUCAAACAUGUACCAAAACCAGUUUUCAUGUUCUGCGAACGCCUGCUGUCCUUGAUUGGUGACAACCAGCACGUCAGCUGUCCUGAUCUCGACACGGACCAAUUGUUCAACGAUCCUAACCGCUUCCUUAGCUACUUCUCAACGCGAUGCCGCUUGUUGAGGAUCCAGUUCUCGUCCCGUAAAUUUACUCUCCAGUUGCCAAAGACCACCACCACCUACAUGAACGGCAUCGCAGAAGAACCCAGGCACUGUGCACCCCCAUCACCUCCUAAUGGAAUUAUAGGGGAUAUGGAUCGUGUGAAUGAUGACAGAGCUUUCUGGGACUCGCCUAACAGUCUUUCAUCCACGGAAGACAACGCCCAACAUCCCAUGCUCAAUCACGUAGGAGGAGGUGGUCCUCCGCUGGAUGAUGGUCUAUUGGACUUUCGGUUAUCGGAUGACGAAGAACAAGGACCGGAACCAGAAUUCGAAUACAACAACAAGUCUCUCAGCAAUACGGAAUCUUCCAAGGACAACAACGAAAAUUUCACCGUUCAAGAUCGAGAAGAGUUGAUCGAUCAGACUGGUCAGAGUUUGAUACCAGUUUCCCACGAAGAAGUUCUCGAAUGCGACGAAGUUAUCGAAUGUUACGAAGUAGUAGAAUGCUACGAAAUUAUUGAAAAUCCAGAACAGCAGAUUGACGGCGCUCACCGCAGUAGGACACCACUGUCACGCUGGGAAAUCGUUGAAGAACGAGAAGAGUUACCGUACGAGGAUGAAAUCCAUGCACCAGAAGAAGAGGUAGAGAACGAUGAUGAUGAUGAUCCCUUAGAAGAUCUGAAUUCAGAGGAAUGCAACGCCAUCAUUGAUUCCGUUCUGCAAGAAGAUCCGGAGCAAGCCACUCCUUAUCUAAACGGAAUUGACAACAAAAGAGAUAUUUUUGCCAACAAAGAUAACAAAGGGUGCUCGACUUUAUCCUUCGAAGAAGAAUUCAGGAGGCCCUUAUCUGCUGCUAAUAUAAUUGAUGCCUUGCUAGCUGAUCAUUAUGUACUUGGCGAAGAUUUUGCAUUGAGCUUGCGAAGAUAUCAGAGAGCUUUAAACAACCGUCCAUCUGCUUGGGAAAAAGUGAAGCGGGAAUAUGAUCCUAUGAUGCUGUCCGCUUUGUUAUGGAGUUGGUUGGACCAACUAAGGGAGCCUGUUUUAAAUAUAAAUGAUUUAUCUGUCAUCGUCCUCCGAGCAGAGAAGCCAAUGGAAAUUUUAAAAAGACUGGAUAAUGGCACACGUUACACAACAGAAUACCUAGUGAGGUUCAUAGCAAGGCUACAACCGAAAUCGACUGCUAUUAGAACAGACUUGUUGCGGCGACUCGUGGCAUCCCUCACCCAUCAAGCCCUUGGUAUCCAAGGGACUCUUCGCCCAGUCGGCAUGGAAUGGAACAAAUUGCGACAAGGAACGUGCCGACAAGUCAUGCUCUUCAUCGACAAACUCUACGACAUGGCUGCGGGAGAGUGUGCUCAAAAAUGUCAUUUUUGA